AUGUUUGUGUUACUCUUGCUUAUCCAUCUUCUGAACACAAAAGCCGCAGAGAUUCAUCCAUUAACAAAGCAAGACAUCACUUUAGACCACAGUAAAGCUGAUAGUGUGAAGAAACAGCCUUUUCUUGUGUUUAUUUACUACGAAAGGAAAGAUUUCAGCUGUCCACUCUGUGAAGAAUUUAAAGACGUACUACCCACUUUAAACAUACCCGUUAAGACUCUAAACUUUGCAGAAAAUGUUGAGCUUGGUUCAAGGUUUCUUCAGCACACAUUUCCAGCCUUUAUUGUUCGUUACUCAGGCAAAAGCUAUGUGAUCGAAGUACAGAGCACAGGCAAUUUAAGAGAAAUCAUAGACAACGAAAGCUGGAGAAUGAUUAAGCCUGUGCGGAGUAUCAUUGAUGUUAACUCUGCAUUUGCAAUUGCUUUUAGCAAAGCAAACAGGAUUAUAUUCUUUGGAAUCCAUGUAUUCUAUUAUAUGAUGAACUAUGUUCCGGACUAUGCUGUGAGUCUCUUCAUAGUCGCAAUAAUGUUCUUUCUUGUAUACUCGAUUAUUGAUGUGCUGGGAACCAAAAAUCCAAAAGAGAAGGCAUAUUGA